AUGGAUAUACCCGACCUAGAGAGAAGUGAUGUGCAAAAGUUGAAACAUACCCCAUCUGGGCUACUAUUAGUACCACAACCCAGCAAUGACCCAGCAGAUCCCUUGAAUUGGCCACUCAGGAAGAAAAUCGGCAUCAUGGCCUUGGUCUCUGUGUGCACUUGGAUUGGAAUCGCGCAGACUUUAGCGAAUCAGUCGGGUUUUUUCGCACAGGCAAAGACAUACCAUAAGACUGCGAAUGAGUUAUCCUACUCGGCAUCUGCUGGGAUUGCUGGCCUGGCUACCGGUCCCUUUCUUUGGGCUAUCCUUGCCCAGCGGAUCGGGCGAAGCUCUUGUAUCUUCUGGGGUUUACUUGGGAUGCUGGGCUGUAGCGUCUGGUCGGCAUGUAUGACUGGGGAGCAUCAUUAUAUCCCCUUUAUCAUAUCCCGUUGGCUCGGUGGCACGUUUGGUUCGGUGGCCUCGACAAUUGGAGCUGGGUUUGUCUUGGACCUUUUCUUUCUCCAUCAGCGUGGCAAGGCAUUCGCAGUCUACAGCGUGUGUACCUUGUUCGGUGUCCAGUUUGGUCCGACACUGAGUGGAUUCAUUGUUCAAUAUGCUCCGUGGUCCAUACAAUUCUGGUGGGGCGUCGGAGUCGAAGGAGUUCUUGCGAUUGUGGUGUUUAUCUUCCUACAAGAGACCGGAUUCUCGCGCGAUGGGAGAGUGUACCCUCCCCUUCCUAAGGAGUGGUUACCCAAUCGUAUCGUUACCUUCUUUCCUGGUACCGCGACCGUUCCGAGAUCUAAAGCUGAUGGUCGGCGAUCUGCAAAGGCCUUACUCUUGAUCGCUGCGUGCCCGGUGACGUUCACAACUGGCGCCGUUCUUUUCCUCGCCUUUGGAUGGGCUGUAGGCGUGGUGACCCUGACCUCGGUGUUCUUGGAAACACCGCUCGAAGAUGGCGGCUAUUCGUUCUCCGCCCUUCAGGUUGCCUGUUUCACCUUCAUCCAGUGGCUUGGUGUCGCGGCUGCUGAGACAUGGGGGAUGUUUCUCAAUGAUCGCAUUCCAUUGUGGUUCACCCGUCGGUACUGCGAUGGUAUCUGGAAACCCGAGAAUCGUCUGUUUCCUCUUCUCUGCAUGCCAGCAGUUUGUCUUCCUAUUGCCCUCGGGCUCUUUGGCGCUGGACUGCAAUACCACCUACACUAUAUGGUCUUAGGAUUGGCUAUCUUCCUAUUACAGCUCAGCGAGGUCUCUCUAGUUCCAGUCAUAGUCAACUACGGCGUCGAGUGUUUUACGGAUCAUUCCCAAGAAGUGGUUACCAUCCUCAAUUUUUGCCGGCUGGCGCUGGGUGUUGUCAUUCCCUUCUUUAUUGAUCAGUGGGAGAUCACUGUAGGCAUAGCAUGGGUUUUUGGGAUGAUGGCACUGUUUAGCAUCUUUGCAUUCUCCCUCGCUGGCCUAUUGGCCUGGAAAGGAGAGAAAAUCCGCAGCUACUCUUUUGCCACUCUGCAAAAAUCAGAAGGUGGUGUGCAGUUGGUUGAUCAUUAG